UCCGACUUAAGAUUGGACAAAACCUUGACUGAGUUAAGAGAUCAUAGGGUGAGUUAGGGUAUUAAAAAAGCUGGGUUAUAAACACGUCACCUCUAAAUCAAGGUGGGUCCCCCCACACAAUCUUGUUCUAAGUUCUCAUUUAAAAUCUCUGCAACAGUUGUUUUUCAGUUCCGUUACCCUGAAACCCUGAAAACCUGUAGGCCUUUGUCAUUCAUCAAUGGCGGCAUUUUGCAGAAACACUGGAAUCCAUGUCUCUCGAAGGCUUCUCUGUACCAUCUCUUCCUCCGCAUCAGAGAAUCCCUCAACCUGGACAUUCCGAGCAGCGAAGUCUGCCAUUCGACACGAGCCAGAUCCGGAGAAAAUUGCCGAUAUCUUCCAAAACUCCUCUAAUUUCUCUCGUUUCCGCAGAGACAGACACGUCUUCGAUUUCUCCGUUAAGAAACUCACCGAUCUCCGCCGUUCCGAUCUAAUCGAACGUAUCCUCGAGUUUCAGAAAUCGCCGGAGCUGAAGAAAUCCGAGGGUUUCUGGAUCCGAAUCAUCAUGCUGUACUCCUACUCCGGCAUGGUUGAUCAAGCCGUCCGUACGUUCUAUGAGAUGGGAGAGACGGGUUGCAGUCGAACCGAGAAAUCCCUUUGUGCUCUGCUCAGUGUCUUCUUGGAUAACCGUCAGUUUGAUCGUGUUCAUGAAAGCUUUGCCGAGAUUCCAAUGGAAAUUGGUGUUUCUCCAGGUGUGAAGGCCUACAAUCUUGUUCUGAAAGCCUUCUGCAAGCAGAAAUCGGUCGAAUCAGCUCAUUCUUUGCUCCAUCAGAUGGAAGAAGAAAAAGGGGUAAAACCUGAUAUUGCUUCUUAUAAUAUCUUGUUAGGAGGUUAUCUUAGAAAUGGAAAUGAGCUUAAUUUUGAUGAAAUUUUGAAUGAAAUCUGUGAGAAAGGAUUGGAACCUAACUUAACUACUUAUAAUUAUAGAAUGGAAAGGCUCUGUAGAACAAAAGAGUGUGUUAGAGCUAAUGAGUUGCUUGAUGAGAUGAUUUCAAAAGGUAUUGCUCCAAAUUUGACUAGCUAUAAUACAGUUAUUGAUGGGUUUUGCAACUUAGGGGAUUUUGAUUCAGCAAAGAAGGUGAAAGAGAGUAUGUGUAACAGCAAAUCUGUGUUGCCGAAUUCUGAUACUUUCCGUUCUCUCAUUCACCAUUUGGUUCGGGAGGGGAAGUAUGAAGAGGCACUGAUGUUUUGUAAGGAGAGUAUAAGGAGGAAAUGGAUUCCCCCUUUUGUGACAAUGGAGAGUUUGGUUAAUGGUUUGGUUGGUUUAUCAAUGGUGAAAAAUGCAAAAUCAAUUGUAAAGAAGAUGAAGAAGAGGCUUAGAGGUGGGGCUGUAGAUUCAUGGAUGAAAGUUGAAGCUUCCCUGCCACCAUUGUAGCAAGGAAAUAGCAAUGAUAAAGUGCAAGGAAUGCAUCAGGGUGGGGGGUGGGGAAUGGAUUGCGUCUUUCAUAUUUAUGGAUGUUCUUAAUAAUGGAUUUAGUUAAUAUCUCUGAAGUAGAAUGAGGCAAAGGAAAUUUUGAAGAGGACUAGGAGCACUGCAAUGCAUUCAUGUAUGUUGUAUAUUUAUGCUACUCAUCCAUUAUAGGGUAGCUAACAAUAUUGGGAGUAUUGGAAAUUCAGUAGUUAGUGGACUCUGAACUGUUUGAUUUUCAUUUUCAUCCAUUGUGUCAUCUUUCUUAGUUUCUGAGGCAUGUAACUUCAUCUUUUGUUCAGAUUUCAUGUAUCUUGUUUGCGUUUUCUUCUUGGA